AGAGUAGUGGAUUUCUCUGAUGGUUAAUUGGUAUUAUCCUAUAUCCGCUCGGUGUGUGGUAUACGUAGCCCCCACGUCUGCGCUGAUGGGGGACUUAGUAUCUAUGAAGCGCCUAGGGAGGCAAUCGUAUCUUGACCACGCCCUGUGAGUCAACAUCCACCCUAUAAACCCCGGGUCACCUCGCUCUCCCGAAUCUCCUCUCAAUUCCAUUCAAAUCUUCAACCAUGGCCACCCAUAAGGAAUGGCACCGCACCAUCGCGGGGACAUCCUACCUCAUCUCAACUUCGCCCUCCGCCCUAUCCCACUCCUUCAUCCAAACCGCAUUUGACACCGACCUCAUGCACUGGGCCAAGUCCAUUUCACCCUCAGCUCUUCAGACUAUGCUUGAUCACUCUUUCAAUUUUGGGCUUUACGCGCAAAAUGCGCAGAUCGGAUAUGCCCGUUUGAUCACCGAUCACGUGACCCUCGCAUAUAUCACCGACGUCUACGUGGAUCCAGCACACCAAGGGAAGGGGCUAGGGACAUGGUUGGUGCAGUGUAUAAAGGAGUCAAUUGAAAGAAUACCAGAGUUGAGGAGGUGUUUGUUGCUGACAGGAGGAGGCAAUCACGGGGCACAGGGGCUGUACGAGAAGGUGAUGGGAAUGAAGGUGAUAGACCCAAAGGACGACGGGAUGCGAGCGAUGCAGGGGACAAAGGUGGACCUGUUGGGUGUUGAUGGCGGGAAGCGCUAAGGGGAGACGGGGAUGUCAGGCUUUGGAAAUUCCCAAUACGAUGUAAAGAUCAGCGCAGUGGAUAUUACAACACCUUUUUGGCUGAGUAGAGAUAUGCUGGCUAGGGCACUCCCUACAGUGGUGUCGAGAGUACAGGAGCGGAACCGGAGCAAUAGUAUAUCCAUCCGUGUGCCAGGUUUGUGGCCUUGUACUGUACCUUGUGAAACU